AUGGGUCGGAAUACUCUCCCUACAGUCUGGUUAGUUGUGGUAUGUUUGCAGGCUCUUAUUGUCCACGGUCAACAUGACGCCCUCGGCCUCACAAAUGGGUAUAUCUCCCUCUCCACGGACAACUGGGACCUGAAGAUCGCCAAGGAUGCUCAGGUUCUCGCAUCACUUCAGCCUAAGGGCACGUCGUUUGACUUUCUUCCAUUUGACAAUCUCCAGAACCGUGCAGCGAAUGGGCAGUAUCACAAUGGGGAUAUCACCUUCCGAUAUCGCGCGGCUGGGACAACAGACUGGAUUGCGGGCGACUCGUCACAGGCUCGCAAGACCGUUACUGCGGUCCAGGCUGACGAUGCACUAGUGGCCGCCGACUUGACGCCGACUUUGCCUGCGGGAUCCCCUAUCCAGGUAGUGCGUAAAUGGGUCGAUGUCGACGGCGACCUGGGCCUGUCCUUUACUCUCACCAACACUGCCGAGAGUCACCUCGAAAUCGGCAGUCUGGGUUUCCCGACCGAGUUUAACAAUAUUUUCACCAACCGAACCGCGGAGGAAAUGAUGGCCAAGUGCUCCCUGGCCGACCCUUAUAUCGGGCUCGACGCUGGCUACGUGCAGGUCACGCCAACGUCUGGUACCGGGGAAGCAUUAAUAGUGACACCCUUGGGUAACACCACAACCCCCUUUGAGGCGUGGCGUAAUCUGGAUGAGCCUGUAUUUGAAUCCACCGCGUACGGGAGUCAGACCUUUGAAGGACUGUAUGAGUGGCAGACGCGCUCCAAAGCAUUUGCUGAUAAUGAAUGGGUCAAGGCGACUCCCUGGAAUCCCGCGACUUCGCUUGUCCUCGACGCCGGACAGUCCGUAACCGUGGGGCUACGCUUUUCUGUGGUAAAAGACGGUAUCCGUGGUAUACAAAAGGCAGUUCGAGCCAUCAACACCCCCGUGACGAUUGGGACAGGGUACGUGGUGCCCAGAGACCUCACGGUUGAGCUGCUCAUUCUUGCUUCGGCCGACGCCUCCGAGGUAAUCAGUGAGGGGGAUGCAUUUGCCAUUACUCGGUGGCAGUCGAAUACCGUCUCGCUCACUCCCAACAAGUCCGCCUGGGGCCGCACCCGAGUUACCAUCAGGUACGCCGAUGGCAAGACCCAGGCGGUACAUUACUUCAUUACCGACCCUGCCCCAGACACUAUAGCCCGCAUGGGCCAAUUUUCCACCUCAACAAUGUGGUUCGCCAACGACUCCGAUCCAUUUGGCCGUGACUCUUCCAUCCUCACGUACGACGCUUCCAUAGGGGCCAGUGUCCUCCAAGAAGCCCGUGUCUGGAUUGCCGGCCUGAGCGACGAAGGCGGAGUGAUCUACCUGGCGACAGCGAUGAAACAGAUUAGCCAUCCGGAUCCCGAAGAGAUCGCCAAGCUGGAAGAGUUUGUAACCAAGGUGCUCUUCCCUACCAUCCAGGAUGGGGGUGACCGAGUCCGCAAGAGCAUAUUCUUCUACGAGCCGUCUGCCGUACCAGGCUACUCGUAUAGCAGCUCUAUAGACUGGGGCAACUGGUGGUCGUGGAAUAGGGCCGAUUCAUACUCUACCGACCGCGCAUACGAUUAUAUCCACGUUAUUGGCGCGUAUUGGGCCCUGUAUCGCGCCGGUCGUGACCAGCCAGAGCUGCUCAAACAAGAAACCUGGCAGUGGUAUCUGCGUAGGGCGUAUAAUACCACCCUUGCCUGCUUUGCAACCGACUCCGCCGGCAACGCGAUGGUGGGAUAUUCGCGUGUUGGAUUAAUGGGCGAGACGGUGGUCGGCUUUCUUCUCCAGGAUCUACGCCGCGAAGGGUGGUCCAAGGAAGCAGAUGCCGUGGAAAUGGCCAUGAAGCUGCGUGCAGAUGCGUGGAACACUCAACCAGCCCCUUUUGGGAGUGAGAUGGCGUGGGAUUCCACUGGCCAGGAAGGCGUGUAUUACUGGACUAAAUACGCGGGAAAGUUACAGCGCAUUGAACGCAUGGUCCACCACUAUGGAUCCAGCCUUAAUGCGCUCCCUCUCCUCAAUCAAUUUCGUCAGCAGCCCACGGACACAUACCUCCUGCGUGUCGGCUACGGCGGCAUCACUGGACCGCUGACCAACAUUCGCCAGGAUGGGUCCAUGUACAACGCCUUCCACUCGUUUCCAGACACUCUUGCGGGUGAUGAUUACUCGGGUGACUACGGGCCCAACUUCCUAGGCGUCAUGCUUGCCUCAGCGGCCUACGUCGUAGAGGACCCGGAUCUCGGGCUCGUCGCAUACGGCGGCAAUCUUGCGUUGGAUGGACAGUUGGUGACGGUAGAGCCGCGCGAUGCAGUCCGCCGCCGAGCGUAUAUAGCGUCCAUGGGUGUGUACAUCACGAUCAGUUCGGGCUGGAUUGAACAGUUUUCUUUUGCCAGAACGAACGCCAAGCAGGUGACAGUGCGGAUUAUAUCGGGGCCGUCCAAGGCGACAUCAGCGAUUGUCUGGGUUGAGAACCCUGGCACAGAGCGUCAGUACGCAGUCACUUCCACGGCGACUCGGUUAGUUCGAGGAGGAUGGGAGGUCCGGCUGGCCAAUGGCACCACGGAGGUGACCAUAGGUACAGCGUAG